AUGGAGAGCAACCUGAGCUCCCCGGCGGCUCCGGACGCAGAGAGGGGCCACAACGUGCCGGCUCUGCUGCUCGGCGUGCUGCUGAUCGUGGUGAUCAUCUGCGGGAACCUGCUGGUGUGUCUGAGCGUGUUCACGGAGAAGGCCCUGAAGACCACCACCAACUACUUCAUCGUGAGUCUCGCGGUGGCGGACCUGAUGCUGGCGGUGCUCGUGCUUCCUCUCUUCGUCUACUCCGAGUUCCAGGACGGCGUGUGGACCCUCAGCACCACCGUCUGUGACGGCCUGAUGACCAUGGACGUGAUGCUGUGCACCGCCUCCAUCUUCAACCUCUGCGCCAUCAGCGUCGACAGGUUCAUCGCCGUCUUAAUCCCGCUCAACUACAACAGGAAGCACGUGGACCUGCGGCAGACGGUGCUGCUGUCGGCCACCUGGAUCGUGGCCUUGGCGGUGGCCUCGCCCAUCAUGUUCGGCAUCAACAACGUGCCGGGCCGCGACCCCACCGAGUGCAAGCUGGAGAACGACGACUACGUCCUGUACUCGUCCGUGUGCUCCUUCUUCAUCCCGUGUCCCAUCAUGCUGCUGCUGUACUGCGGCAUGUUCCGCGGCCUGCGGCGCUGGGAGGAGGGGCGCAAGGCCAAGCUGAAGAGCAGCAUCCAGGCCUGCCGCAAGCUGCAGGAGGCCGCCGCCGGGCUGCCGCCGCUGGCCUCGCUGCCGCCGCUGCUGCCGCCCAUCAUAGAGCGGGAACUGACGGACAACCCCGACGAGCCGUCCGCCUUCCCGUCCGUGGAGAAGCCCUUCCAGUCGCUGGAGUUCAGAGACCGCCCCGUGCCGACUGUUAGCUUUUCGGAGAUCAGGUUCCACCCGGACCCCCACCGGAGGAAGACCGCCAAGAUCAACAGCCGGGAGAGGAAGGCCAUGAAGGUGCUUCCUGUCGUUGUGGGUGCCUUCCUGUUCUGCUGGACUCCCUUCUUUGUCCUCCACACGAUGCGAGCUCGCUGUCAGGACUGCCACGUCCCCCCCGGCCUGAUGAGCGUGGUGACGUGGCUCGGCUACGUCAACAGCGCCCUCAACCCCGUCAUCUACACCGUCUUCAACACCGAGUUCAGGAAGUUCUUCAAAAACUUCCUGCACCGCGGCUUCUCGAGGACCGCCCAAUGA